CCUACUGCUACACCAAUUUCCUGUAAGGCAGGCUACAUUUUCAACUCCAAAACUUACACAUGCGAUAGAGGCACGCCUAGAAUCGAUCAUGCGUCCAGGAGAAUCUGUCAGAAAAUCAGUUGCGACAAUAAACCUAAUGGCUACAUUUUGUUUCCGGCCAAUCCAGCAUAUUAUGCAUACUGUGGCAGUGGAUCCAUGCUCUUAUACAAAUGUGAAGAUGUUGAAAAUCAAAUUUACGACAUUUCUUCGAAAAAGUGUGUAUUCAGUUGCAGAGCCGCGGGAUACUUCUCUGACCCUUCCAACUGUACAAUUUACUAUCUUUGCAAAAAAUUUAUUAAUACGUUUACCAUAUCAACACUGUAUUGUGCAGAGGGUCACUACUUUGACGGAACAAAGUGUGUUAUUGGAAUGAAUUGCGGUACUACUACCACUUCUCCAACAAUUCCGACUCCAGAUUCUUCAACAUUUCCUAUUACUACGACAGAAGAACCUACCACAACGGUGACGGAAGAACCUACCACAACGGUGACGGAAGAACCUACCACAACAAUGACUGAAGAACCUUCCACAACAUUGACGGAAGAACCUAGCACAACAAUGACGGAAGAACCUAGCACAACAAUGACGGAAGAACCCACCUCAACGAUGACGGAAGAACCCACCUCAACGAUGACGGAAGAACCCGCCUCAACGAUGACGGAAGAACCCACCUCAACGAUGACGGAAGAACCAACCUCAACGAUGACAGAAGAAUCUACCACAGCGACGACCGAAGAAUCUACAACUACUCCUUUAGAGUCUACGACAGUUUCAACGGAUUACCCUACUGAUACACCAAGUUUGACGACGUCCAUUAAAUUCAAAGAUUCAAUAACGGAAAAACCAUUUCAUCCACUUUGGGUACAUAAAGGGAAAUACAGUUAUCGUUUGGGAAAGAAUUUACAAUCAGGUAGUAGACCAGAGUUUUUGUAA